GCUAUAGUUAACCAAGAUAGUUUCGGUUCGAAUCCCGAAUCGAAGUUCCAACUCCAAGGUUCCCGUUAUUCUAUGCGGCUAGAUUGGGCCAUUCCAAAUAACACUUACUCCUCGUCCAAAGCCAAUAUUUCAUACCAGUGUGUCCCAAACGCAAUCACUCAAGACAAAGGGUGGGGGUAUUUAUGCAAGUGCAAUAGUAACGAUACGGGAGAUGGAUACGUCAACGGCACAGGAUGCAGAGCUCCAGAAACCAAAAAGUGCACAAGUUUCAGUUGCUUUCAAACUUUGUCAGUAAUCACAGGGGCAUGUGGGACACUAAUAGCUGUGCUACUCGGCGGUGGCAGUCUCUUCUGGAUUUUGAAGCUGAGGAAAUCCAAGCACGACAAGGAAAAGAACUUCCAGAGAAACGGAGGGGAUCAUUUGAAUAAUCUAAUUUCAUCGCUAGGAGGAGUAGAAAGCGUGAAACUCUUUUCUUUGAAAGAGAUCGACAAAGCCACAAAUAAGUUCUCUCAAAAUUUGAUCCUGGGAUCUGGUGGCUAUGGCACCGUUUACAAAGGCAAUCUCGCCAAUGGACGUGCUGUGGCCGUCAAGAAGUCCAAGGAAGUUGAUUCCAAGGAAAUCGACCAAUUUAUUAAUGAAAUUUCUAUUUUGAGCCAAAUUAAUCACAGAAAUGUGGUGAAGGUACUGGGCUGCUGCCUGGAAACUCCGGUUCCUCUGCUGGUCUAUGAAUACAUUUCUAAUGGAACAUUGUUCGAUCAUCUCCAUGGUGACAGGCAACACCAGCAGCAAAUUCCAUGGGAGACGCGCUUGUGCAUAGCCAAGGAAACCGCAGAAGCUUUGUCAUACUUGCACUCUGCAGUGUCAAUACCGAUUGUCCACAGAGAUGUCAAAUCUUCCAACAUUCUUCUCGAUAAUGAUUAUAAUCCAAAAGUUGCGGACUUCGGAGUGUCUCGUCUGGUGCCGAUGGGGCAAACACACAUUACUACAGUUGUGCAGGGAACAAUGGGUUACUUGGAUCCUGAAUACUUUCAAACAGUUCAGCUUACAGAGAAAAGCGAUGUCUACAGCUUUGGAGUAGUUCUCGUGGAGCUUUUGACAGGGCUGCAACCUGUUUCGUAUGAAAGGAUGAAGAACCAUAGCAACCUCGCUAUAUUUUUCCUCUCCACUAUAAACGCGAUGGGUCUCAGAGAAAUCAUAGAUCCCCGUCUUGAUGUGGAUGAAGGUAAAAACAUGGAGUCGAUGAGAAGAGUGGCGGGGCUAGCGAAGGAAUGCCUAAGCGUUGAAGGGGAGAAGAGGCCUUCAAUGAAAGAGGUGGUUCAGGAACUGCUUUGGGCAACAGGCGGCGAAAGGCCGCAUGCGUGGCUAAAUAAUGAUGCAGCAGACAACCCGGAAGAAAUGGUGGGGCUGAUAGUUGGUGAGGAAGAAAGAAGCGAGGAAAUUAGGGCCGUUUAUUCAAUACCACAGCACUUCAGUUCCUCGUUUGGCAUUGAAGGGCUCGGGGUUGGGGUUGGGGUUGGAAGCGGCAGAUAA